AUGUAUGCCAACAGAACGUGCCUACCAGGCGCAGAUGACCGGUUUGGCCCUCAAGUCAAUGAUGGGUGCCGAGGAGAUUUUGAUUUCACGCUGCUAUUUGAGCAGAGUAUCUUGACAAUUGGCCCAUCUGCGUUGUUGCUGCUGGUCUUCCCAAUCCGCAUCAGACAGCUAUGGCAACAAAGCGCCAAAACCCUGCCGACGCUCCUCCAUAAAACCAAGCUAAUUGCCAUUUUGCUAUAUGGAUGCCUGCAGUUGGCCCUGUUGAUCCUCUGGAGCCUUCCGACAACCCGCAAAACACGCGCGUCAGUCCCAUCGGCGGCUUUGUCGUUUGCGAGCGCAUUGGCCCUCCUGGUAUUAUCGACUCUCGAGCAUAGACGGUCUAUCCGUCCGUCUUUUCUUAUCAAUGUCUUCUUGCUUUUCUCGGCGCUGUUGGAUCUUGCUCAAGCUCGUACCCUCUGGUUGUUAAACCAGAACACGGGUCUUGCAGCGCUUUUCACAGCUAGUGUUGGAUAUAAAUUCCUCUUAUUAUCGCUAGAGGCACGGGAGAAGCGAGCUUUCCUAUCGCAGCCCUAUUCUACAUAUUCGCCAGAGGAGCUUGGAGGUGUGCUGAAUACAGGUGUCUUCUGGUGGAUAAACUCGUUGAUGCGAAAGGGAUACCUUCGUGUCUUAGAAGUCCAUGAACUAUUCCAGACUGACAAUACCCUGUCAUCUGCAGUGAUAGAUCAACAGAUUCAGGAGAAAUGGAAACACGUGAAGAGCAAAGGAUAUCGGCGUCCGCUCCUCUGGACUAUCUUCUCCUGUUUCAGGAGACCUUUGCUGACCAGUAUCCCUCCCAGGAUUUUCGCAAUUGCUUUCAAAUUCUCGCAGCCUCUGUUAAUACGUCGAGCUGUAUCGCUGAUGGAAACGCCAGAGACACCUGAAAGCCGAAAGGUGGGUUAUGCCUUGGUUGGUGCUACAGCCUUGAUAUAUAUUGGAUACGCCGUCUCCACAGCUCAGCAUGAGCGUCAGACGUACCGUUUGAUGACUAUGGUCCGUGGUGGAUUAGUUUCUUUUGUCUACAGAGCCACUUUCCACAUCAACGCUAGCUCUGUUGCGGACUCAGCUGCAGUAACUCUAAUGAGCACCGAUAUCGACCGUAUCAAUGCUGGGUUCAAAUUCAUUGGAUACCUUUGGGCAGGCCCUAUCGAGAUAGUGCUUGCAAUAUGCUUUUUGGAAUGGCAAAUUGGAGCAUCGUGUGUUGCCCCGGUGGUCAUUGCACUUGGUUGCACUCUGGUAUCUUUUCUGAUAGGAAAAUGGGCGAAGGACUCGCAGAAAGAGUUCAUUGGAGCUAUCCAAAGAAGAGUGGCUAUCACAUCCUCUUCACUGAGCUCGAUCAAGGCAGUCAAAAUGUUAGGUCUCACCGAACGCAUAUCCACCAUUCUACACAACCUUAGAUGCGAUGAAUUGCGAUAUGCGCUGCCUUUCCGACGAAAUAUCCUCUUCACUGCCGGGGUCUCUAACGUAUCUGCACUCUGUGGCCCGGCAAUCACCUUCAUUCUAUAUGUCAAGACCUCGGGGAUGUCUCUCAAUGUUGUCCAGGCAUUUACUAGUCUAUCUCUCAUUUCCCUUCUGAGUACUCCAGUCUCAGCAAUUGUCCAAGCUAUACCGAUGUUUACGGCGGCUCUGGCAUGUAUCGAGCGGAUCCAGUCAUAUGUUGAGGCUGCAGAUCAUGUAGAUUGCCGAAUUUCAACCAUUGAGCCACGUCUUGAUACUCUUUUCGGACCAAUCGAUGAUUUUUCGCUUGGUGUUGAGCUGCAGGACUUUCCCACUUCUCAAAUCUCUUCAUCGGCAGACAUCUCCAGUCACCCCCUCCUUGUUGUCAAAGAUGCAUCAUUCAGGUUCUCUGACCAGGGUCCGAUCAUUCUACAGGAUCUCAAUUUGGAGGUUAAACGAGGAACAUUGACCAUGGUAAUUGGACGAGUCGGUAGUGGUAAAUCAGCACUGCUAAAAGCACUUUUGGGCGAAUUACACUGCACGAGAGGCUUUGUCUACUCCUUCGGGACACAGAUUGCCUUUUGUGCUCAAGAUACAUGGUUGCCUAAUACUACUCUUCGUCAAAUCAUUCUUGGAACAUCUCCGUAUGAGCCGGAAUGGUAUGAGAAAGUCUUGAGAUCAUGCAUGCUAGACCAGGAUGUAGGCCGACUCCCUGACUACGACCUCACAACUAUUGGUAGUAAGGGGGCGUCUCUAAGCGGGGGACAAAAGCAACGGCUGGCAUUGGCACGUGCAGUGUACGCUCGAAGACAGUUGAUGCUAUUAGAUGACGUCCUGAGCGGCCUGGAUUCCCAGACUGACCGAGCUGUGUUUCAGAAUGUGCUAGGCCCUGAAGGCCUCUGCACUCAACAUGGAAUGACCGUCAUUCUGGCCACUCAUUCGGUCCAGCAUCUUCGGUCGGCCCAGAAGAUCUGGAUACUGAAUGACGACGGUACAAUCUCAGAGGAUGAACCCACACAGGAGAAUCGUACCAAACGCGACUACUCUAAGAUUGCGGAAUAUAAUGAUGGCACGACAGAAGACAAAAAUGGAAUAUCGAGCGAAGGCACCCGUCCCGCAAACGCUGGAUCUCAGCAAGAUGAAGCUCGAGCGGAUCUGACUCGUCAACAUGGGGACCUCAGUCUUUAUCUCUACUUUGGGAAAUCCAUGGGCUGGUUAAAUUUAACCGCCUUCUUGUUAACAGUUGGUCUCUACGCAUUUGGUAACGAUUUCCAGGCUGUCAUGCUGGAUUGGUGGUCCAGUUCUGAGUCUUCUGACCCAGGAGCGCAAACUGACAUGUACAUGGGUCUAUAUGCGAUGCUGGCGGUCCUUGCUGUCGUGGGCAUUGUCAGUAUGAUCUCAGUCACCCUUCUGGUUGCUGGGCCCCAGGCAUCCAUAAAGCUUCACUCGAUACUACUUACUACCGUCAUGAAGGCGCCCUAUGCUUGGUUUGUCUCGACAGACAGUGGGAUAACUCUUAACAGAUUUAGCCAAGAUAUGAGCCUGAUUGAUAUGGACUUGCUGAUCAGCCUCGUGGACACAUUUGCCGGCUCCUUCAUGGCAAUAGCCGAACUGGUUUUGAUAGUCAUUGGAGCAACCUAUGUCGCCGUGGCUGUGCCGUUCAUUCUUGGGGCUCUCUAUCUUUUGCAAAAAUAUUAUCUACGUACAUCUCGACAAUUGAGGCUGUUGGAUCUCGAAGCCAAAUCGCCGCUAUAUACUCAUUUCACAGAAACCCUCAGUGGACUGAUGACGGUCCGCGCCUUUGGCUGGCAAGAAGAGUUUGUUCGUCGUAACCAUACCGUGCUGGACGAAUCUCAGAAGCCAUACUACCUCCUCUAUUGUGUGCAGCGAUGGCUGACCCUUGUUUUGAAUCUGAUCGUGGCCGGUAUAGCAACUUUGCUCAUUGCUCUUGCCACACAGAUGCGUGAUAGUACAAGCAGUGGCGCGUUGGGGGUUGCUCUAUUCAACACCUUGAAUUUCAGCACCACCUUGGGCUUCCUGAUCCCCCGAUGGACCGAACUUGAAACGUCACUUGGAGCAGUGUCUCGGGUGAAAAGCUUUGAGUCUAACACGCCAGACGAAAAUACCGAGAUGGAAUCGAACAUCCCACCUGUCAACUGGCCUACUCAUGGGAAGAUUGAGUUUGACGGCGUUACAUCUGUUUACAGUGCUUCCUCUACGAAUGAGCCGAUUCUACGCAACAUCUCCCUUACGAUAGAACCAGGCCAAAAGGUUGGUGUCGUGGGGAGAACCGGAAGUGGCAAAUCCUCUUUGCUCAUGACACUCUUCUCAAUGCUUGAUGUCACCACGGGCAAUGUCCGAGUGGAUGGAAUCUCCCUGUCGACUCUUCAGCGGCAAGCUGUCCGAUCGUCCUUCAUAGCAAUUCCACAAGAGCCUGUCUUUAUCGCCGGUCUGACCCUACAAGAAAAUAUCGAUCUUAUCACAUCUGUGUCCGAUGGCUACGCUCUCUACGUUCAGGAAACUCUUCAGAAAGUUGGGCUCUGGGACAUCCUCGCCGGGAAUUUGCACAGUCCAGCGAACAAAGCUCCUUCUCUCAGCCAGGGACAACAACAACUCUUCUCAUUGGCACUGGCAUUGCUGCGAAAGGCGUCACUGGGGAACAUGCCGCAUGGAAUCUUAGUCCUCGAUGAACCGAGCAGCAGCUCCGACCCCGUCACCGAGAAACUCAUGAUGGAUCUCGUCGAUACCGAGUUUCAUGGAUGGACCGUCUUGACAGUAGCCCAUCGGCUGGCGACCAUCAAGCACUGUGAUAUGAUCAUAGUACUGGACAAGGGUGUAGUGGUAGAGAAGGGAUCGUUUGCGGAGCUGAUUCAAAGAAGAGGGGGGGCUUUUACCCAGCUCUGGGCCAAGCAGCAGCAGGAGCAGCCAGCGUCCAGGGAUUAA